GGGUUGUGACGGUUGAUUCCCUUUCUUUCUCUGAGACUUGGAACCUCGAGGGCAGGCUACUGGCUAAGACAUCCAUCGAAGAUGAUGCAAGGUCCCUGGAUGCAGAUCACAUGCUUGGCGAUGUGUGACACUUUCAGUAUCACACAUGAGUUUAUCUGAGGGUGUUUGCUCUGAUAGAUGGAUGCUGUCUUUGCGACGACAGAAAUACUUCAUUGUGGAAUGUUGGUCCUGGGUGAGCUUCCGCUCUGGAAAGGAAAGUUACCUCAUGUCUGGAUCAUGAUGAAAGUAUGCCAGCGUCAUGGUCAUGGUCAUGGUCAUGGUCCUAGGUGCCCUACUGACUGAUAGAGUAAUCGACUGUGAUGAUUUGAUCAAGGUGAGCGUGUCAAGUCUCGGUAUGAUUCUCAUCUCUCUCAAACAUGAACUUGAAAGGACUUCAAAUCCGACGGGAGCAUCGAUGCAUGCAUGGUAUACGCUCCGCAGGUGCCCCCUCAAGUUGGUAGUCUCAACUAUCGAGACAUAUAACCUUGGCCAUGGGAUGAAUCUGGGACAAAGUCGCUGAGACGUCGGGGUAUAAUCCUGAUGGCGAUGGAUAGACAUGACGUCAGACAGUAGUGUUCGGCGAUUAUAACGACCAGCCCGAGGUGUUGCUGGUUCACGUGCCGAGUGCAUGAGGCAUAGCCGGAGCUGAACGACUCGUACCCUUCAUCAGCCUAUCCACAAUGUCGGAAAACUACGGUGACUAUCAAUCAGAGAUCUAUGCUCGAGGAGCCAUUACAGGUGUCCUGCCCAAUGUCACCACCGAUCCUCGCCUGCUGGAGGAACAGGCUCGGAAAGCAUUAGGCGCGCGUGGCUUUAACUACGUCGCUGGCGGGGCUGGGGAGAAGGCGACGAUGGAUAGCAAUCGGUUGGCGUUUCGCCAAUGGAAGCU